GAGAUAGAGGGAGAGAGAGUUUGCCCCCUCCGAUCUAAAGCGAGCCCCAAAAGCUCUCGCAGGAGUGGAUAAUUCUAGAAGAGAGCAGAUUGAGGGUGUAGGCAAAUGCCAGUGGGUUUAAACUAAAACUAUAUCGAGAGAGAGGGUGAGCCCGCUAGGCAACGGAGAACAGGUAAAGUGAGGCGAAGAAAGGAGAGACCGAGAAGGAAGGAGAGAGACAUCUAACAAGCGAAAAAGCGAGAGAAGUCGUCGGAUGCCAUGACACACGCGCUGCUCCGGCUCCCAGCGAGCACCCAACCCAUGAGGCACAAGAUGGUGGCGAUGUCUCCAGGAGAGGACGGCCUGAUUGGGAUCCCUUUCCCGGAGCACAGCAGCGAGCUGCUGUCGCGUCUGAAUGCCCAGCGGCGCGCGGGCCUCCUAUGUGACCUCACCCUGACCUCCCGCGGGGCGCGCUACCCCACGCACCGCUCUGUCAUGGCGGCUGUCAGCCUCUACUUCCGCCGGCUCUUCGGGGCAGAGGAGGCGGAGGACGGAGGUGGCGUGGGGGGGUGCGAGGGCGGUGGCGGGGUGGGCAGCAGCUGCAACGUGUGCCAGCUGGACUGCGUGGCGCCCGACGCCCUGGACGCCCUGCUGGAGUUCGCAUACACCGCCACUCUCACCAUACGCAGCUCGGGCAUGCGAGAGGUGCUGAAGGGUGCUCAGCUGCUGGGUAUCCAGUGUGUGGCAGACGCGUGCCGGGACAUUCUCGGGGAGGCGGCUGACGGAGCGGAACCCGAGGCUGCAGCCGUGGCAACAGAGGAGAGGAGGGUGGAGGGGAUGGGGAUGGGGAUGGGGAUGGGGAUGGGCGCGGGGCUAGGGGAGCAUAGGGUGUCUCGGCGUAAACGGGACCGGCGACAUCAUGCGCCUAAAGCCUCGUCACCUGCCAGGCCGCUGUGGAGACAACCCCCCCAGCCGCCCCCAGGACCAGCACACACCCAGCUGCAGGGUUCCCCCCCAACCUUGAUGUCGGGGGGACAGCACCGGCCUAGCACUGGCCUGCCUCUGACCCCCACCCUGACCCCUGGCCGAGACGACCCCCCGCUGCACGCACCCCCCCACCCUGCGGGCCACAACGGCGACAACCAGACCAACCAGCGAGGGGCGCUAGUGAACGGGGGUGCCCACUGGCACCAGGAGGCGGGCACUCUGCUCCCACCCAUUGCCCCCGACGACGCCAUGGCGUCCGAGAAGAACCGCAGGAUGGAGACACAUGGCGUGGCCACACAGGCCCUGCCCACCGCUGCUGCUGAUAGGUCGGCUGCGGGGCCAGGGGCAGGUCCUGGCGGGGCAGGCAGGAAGAGGAAGUCCCAGACCCCCCAGCAGUGCCCAGUGUGCCAGAAGAUCAUCCACGGCGCGGGCAAACUGCCCCGCCACAUGAGGACUCACACAGGGGAGAAGCCAUUCCAAUGCACUGCCUGUGGAGUGCGCUUCACCAGGAAUGACAAGCUGAAGAUCCACAUGCGCAAGCACACGGGCGAGCGGCCCUACCCCUGCCCCAAGUGCAGCGCCCGCUUCCUGCACUCCUACGACCUCAAGAACCACCUGGCACUGCACAGUGGCGCCCGGCCCUUCGAGUGCCCGCACUGCCACAAGGCCUUCGCUCGCGAGGACCACCUGCAACGUCACCGCAAAGGCCACAGCUGCCUGGAACUGCGCACCCGACGCCCACGACGGGCACCGCCGGGGCUGGGCCUGGCAGCGGCCGUGCCAGCAGGUGGAGAGGGCACCUCGGAGGGUGGUGGCGGUGGUGGUGCUGGUGGAGCGAGAGGGCAACUGGAAGCUGCGUUGUCUACUAUGCAGGGGAGUCAUCAUCUUCAUCAGCAGCUGCAGCAGCCUGCGUCUCCUGGCAUGGGCGGCUCGAUGGUGUAUCGUCAUCCACAGCACCAUCAACACCCCCAUGCGGAGGCAGAGGGAGGGCCGCAUCUGCCCCUGCCCCUCCUGGGGCCGCGCAUGCAGCUGAUGUGGAGGGCUGGAGCUAUGGGGGAGGAUGGGAUGGGGCUAGGGGGGUCAGUCUCUCCACACCCAGAAAGGCCCCCAGCGCAAGGGUAUGAGGAGGAUGAAGAUGAGGAGGAGGAGGAGGGAGAGGAGUUGGGAGAGGAGGAGGAGGAAAGAGAAGAGGAGGAAGAGGAUGGAGAGUGAAGAAGAAGAAGAAGAAGGAAGAGGGUGUGUGUGGUUGUGUGUGUUGGCGAGAUGCAGAGUGUAUGUGUAUGUGUGUGUGUGUGUGUUUGUUGUGUGCGCACAGAAAUGCAUGCACCUCUUCUUUUGCCCUCUCCAUACCCAUGGUACUGUUGGUUGCCCAGGGUUACUGGGCAAACUGACCUGUGAGGUGAAAGACUAAAUUACAAAGCGCUUAACGUAAAAUGUGGAAAAAACGGGUCUUUCUGAUUGUCAAUGUUUCUUUCUGGAUCUUGCCGGAUGCUUCCUUUUUUUGUUUCCUGAGCUUCUAUUCUGUUUCAUGGUAGCUGGUUGGUUUUCAAAAUGUUUCCUUUUGAAUGUGUAAUAAUUUGAAAUAUUUUUUUUGUUAAUAUUAAUAUUUGCUUGAGGCAUGGGGUUAUGGUUGAUGGGAUAGACUAUGCAAUCAUUUACAGUAGAGAAUGGAAGGACUCCAUGGGAAGGACUCACGCAGAGCAAUGGCCACCCCCCAGGGUGGUGGCAGCAGAGCUGACAAGGAUUACAGUAUGUCAUGACAUAGUCCAUGUCCUCCAUGAGUCUGCUGCCAUCCAAUGGUAUAAUGGUGGUACUACAACUUGCAGGUGCAGUAACAGUAGCAUUUUCCCCCCCAGUUUUUUUUUUCAAUAACACACACAAACACCUUUCAACAGGACCAUAGAGGGUCACUCAUACUCAGAGGGACUUGUUUUCUGCUUACAGUGGGAAAAAAGAGACUUAAGAGUUUGUCUGUUCAUCUUCAUUCUAGUGGUUAGAUAGGCUAACCUGUGUCAUAGGCACAUGUACCAAAGAUAUCAAUGCAGUAGAGGUUUAUUUAACAAGGCUAAAUAAUAAUGAUAUAUGCAAAUUAACUAUUUCAUGAUCAAAUGCGAUCAACUCUGGCACACGUCAUCACCCUCAGUCAUGGUUUGUUUUCGCAUUCCUACUCUCUCAAGGGACACAAUGCUAGUGUGAUUGUAUUUGUAUAUCUGCCGAUGUGUAUGUCAGGGUGGCUAUGAAAUGUGUUUCUGAUGCAGACUAGAGGCUAUGUAUGUGUGAAGCCACACCUUCCGGAGGCUUAUUUAAGGAUGUCGAGACCAAAAAGAGUGUCUGUGCCUGGGUGGACGUCCCCAGAGCAACAAAGAUGUUGCGUUAUUUUUUUUUGUUUACGUUUGGACUUGACGAGAGUUUUUCGUUUUUGAGAAGUCUUCAUGUGGUAGCGGUCUUCCAAAGCGCUCCAUCUUUUUGUUUCAAAUUUUUUGUAAUGGAAAAAAAGGGAUGAGAGAAAAAAAAUGAACGAGAAAUGGAUGGGGGGAAAGAAAAAGACAAAUUUGUGAUGUAAGAAGACGACCCCGCGGCGUUCGCUAUUUAUUUAUUUAUUCUCUGGUAUUUAUUGUGGAUUUCCACUUGGAAUUUAGAGUUUUGUAGCCUCUGCUGUUUCCACCUUAGGCCUUUCCCCCAUAUUCAAUGCACAGACCCCCAGGCUCAUGCCUAGGAAGCCUAUCGCUGUCCAGUCUUAAAAUGGACCUUUUGUUGAAGUGCUGUUGUGAGGAGCGAGGACCAGAGCAGGCCUCUGCUUUGCCUUUACUAUACAGAGUACAGAGAAGGCAUUUGGGUGCAGACCAGGCCUUUGCCUGUACGUCAUACAGAGUUCUGUAGUACUUUGUGGUGCAAACGGAGCCUUUGCUGUCUGUAUGGUGUAGACCGAGUACUACGCAAAGGUAUACUUUGUACUAGGUGGCCGUUGCUUUCUGUGUACUGUAUACUUAGUGAAGUUAAGUACAGGUCUUUGCCUAUACUGUAUGCUGUGUACGGAGUUACGGUCUCUGUACUCUCCAAACUGUAUACUAGGUAAAGCACAGGCCUCUGCCUACUUUGCACUGGGUAACGUCCUCCAUAUACUGUAUACUGAGGGACUAUGGGUUCCCUGCUAGCCAUAUCUGCCCCCCCCCCCUCCCCACAUCUGCCCCUCCCUCCUUUUGCAGUUUUUUGCACAUCAAACCCCGUGAUGAUGAUGACGAUGACGAUGAUACUGCAUUCAUUCCACCUUCAGGCAGUGGCUGACAUUGGGGUGGGUGCACCGUAGCCCUGUACACUCCAAUCCCCCCCAACUGCCACGGCUGCAGCCCAUCGUAUGGGUGGGAUGGGAAGAGGUGGGGGUGUGGGUGGCGGAAACAUGCAAAGAAAUGGAGAGAAAUGAGACACGGGUUUCGAGAGAACAACGGUUUUGCCUUUUUGAAUAAAGAGUGGACAAAGUGUUUGUACAUGGAUUAUUAUCUUGAGAAUAUAAAAUAUAUAUACUAUAUAUAUAUAUAUAUGCAAUAUAUACGCGCCUCAUCAGUCCAGCCUUUGGGAAUUACGAAUGAUGAUGAUGAUGAUGUGCGUUCCUUCUUGACGUAUAGAUUCUGGGUACUGCCUGACUGCAGUUUGUGUGUGUUUGUGCAUUUGUUUUUACGGUAUAAUAACCUCUUUGAGUGAAAGCCUUUAUUGCAACUGUUAGUUGCUGUGUGGGCCUGUCUGUCUUUCUAUCUGUCUUUUGGGCCCUGAAUAGUUUGAGGGUAAUGGUGAUUGAUGGGGAAGUCACUCUGUGGUAUCCCAUACAGUAGGGUUCUGGGGUCACUCUGCAGUACCCCUUAUGGUCCCGGGUCUCAUAGGGGUCAAGGUACUUCAUCGGUACUCUAACCCCUAAAUGCUUGUAGUUUAGACAGUGGAACAUGAGGAAGUCUGUGGUACCCCUUAGGGUUCAGGGGGGUCACUCAACGGUACUUAUGGUUCUGGGUCUCAUAUGGCUCAAGGCACUCCAUCGGUACUCUAAUGGUGAUGAUACACAGGGCAACUUCUCGGGCAAUGUUGCUGGGCAACGACAUUAUUGUAAAAUUGAAAUUGACUGUAAAAUUUAAAGAAAAAAAAUUCGGAUGUAGAAAAUGUGUCUACUGCUGAUUCACGUUAUCUUGAUAAAACUGCCCCAAUAAAAUCACACAGUCUCUUUGCCCAAAAGUGUUGCUCAGAAAGUUUUCUUGUGUAUCACCUUGACCCCCAAAUGCUUGUAGUUUAGACAGAGGAGGAGCAUGAGGAGAAGUGGCUUACCUGUGUGAAGGGGCGAUGGGGAGAUGAGAGGAGAGGAGAGGGGAGGAGAGGAGAGGAGAGGAGAGGAGAGGAGAGCAGAGAGCACAGCUAUCGCACCUCACCUCGCCUCACCUCACCUCGCCUCACCCACCCAUCAGAGCAAGAGGGAAUCUUUGACCUUUAAGUUUAUUUGCACUAAAGUUAAGAGCUUUAUUUUUUUUUGUUUUCUUUUCUUUUCUUUCAAGGACUGCAAGUCCCUCACCUACCUAUUCCAUGGCUUUACGAUAUCGGUUAUGAUUGUAAGAAGAGAUGAGUUCUUCAUCUAUACCUUUAAUUCUCCAGAGGACUAUAUAUUCUUUCUAAAGCAUAUAUAUGUACAGUAGGCUAGGCCACUUAAAAUACAUUUAUGGUGGUUGCUAAGUUAAGGGUCAAGCUGCCUUUUUUGGUUUUUGUUUGCAAAUUUACUCAGGAAAUCUUGAGAAAUGCACUAAAGUGAUUAUGCAACUUUGAUGAGAGUAUGUGUACAUACAUUGUAAUGACAUAUGACCACCCUUCAUGGAAGAAACCAGGGGCCUCUGAGAUGUGUUUUGAGAUGUAAUAAUGUUUCAUUGCAAAGUAAUGAAGACAAGAUAUGUGUGCGUGUGUGUGAUGUGUGUGCUGGAACCAAGGGUAGUGUUUUAAACAUUGGAGCUUAGCUCGCUAUGAAGGGUGCUGAUAUGUAGGUGACUUUAUGUUGUGUGCGAGAGGAGGUUGAGUGGUCUAUCAAUGCCAGCUGUGAAACGUAGGUGCUGUAUGUAGACUUUGCUUUGGCUUGGGUAUGCGGAAGGGGGUUCAAAUUUUGGAGGAACCUCUUAUCAGGGAUAUUUCUGUUUUAGUGGAUUCUCUCUCUCUCUAUCUCAGUGAUAAAUACUUUUCCCUCAGCAAAUUAUUUCUCAAGAUGUAAAGAAAUAAGGCAUAAAUAAAUAAUUAA